AUGGUCUUCACGCGCCCCUCCACCAUCCCACUACCAACAAUCUGGCACCGGUUCUCGGUAACCAGGGGAGGCGUCACCCACAACCUGAGGGUGCAGGACCUUACUCCUGAGAUGAGGGAAGCCGCUGUUCAGCUGCUAGCCAAAUACUUCACGAGGGAUGAGCCGCCUUGCAAGUACAUAGAUAUCAACAAGUACCCGACGGCUCUGGCUGAGCUGACUAAACUCUGGUGGAAGACCAUGGAGGACAACGUGUCGCUGGUCUGCGUCGAGGACAAAGAGGGGGGGGAGCUGGUGGGGUGCAACGUGCUCACUGUGGCCUGCAGGGGCGAUGAUGAUGAGGCUUUCCAGACGGAAGAUAAAGUCUGGGCGAAGCUGUUCGGAGCAGUGGACGCCGUUAGCCGUGGGGUGAAUAUCUUCGAGAAGUACCGGGUGGAGCAGUACCUUACCGCGUAUGGCCUGGUGGUGGACCCCAAGUGGAGGGGGCUUAGCGUUGGGAAGGAGAUACUUAGAGCCAGGGUGCCUCUGUGUAAGGCCCUGGGCAUCAAAGUUACAGCAACUGUCUUCACGGCGGGGGCGUCACAGGCGGUCGCGGCUAAAGCGGGGUUCACGACAAUCUUCGAGAUUUCUUACGAAGACCUGGCCAAGCGAGGGUUCAUCUUCCCAGGCAUUGAGGAGGACACGAAGAGUUCAAAGCUGAUGGUAUUGGUUGUUGAGUAGGUUUGGUCUUGGCUUGAUCUGCACACAUCAUCAUCACUAAUUUAAGAGCCAAGCUCUUGUCGGUGUAGCAUUCUCCAUUCUUGUCUAUCAAAAACCAAUUCCUUCACUUCCUUAUAAGACGUUCGCCCACAAACAUAAACUCUAAUGUUUCCCACCGGGGUAAGCAGAGACUAUGGAAUUCCAUUUGCUUCGAUCCUAACAC